AUGUCCCUCUCUAACAAGCUCUCCAUCACCGACCUCGACCUCAAGGGCAAGCGUGUCCUCAUCCGCGUCGACUUCAAUGUGCCGAUGCAGGAUGGCAAGGUCACCAACCCCGCGCGUAUCGUCGCGGCGUUGCCCACUAUCAAAUAUGCGCUAGAGAACGGAGCCUCCAAGGUUGUCUUGAUGUCCCACCUCGGCCGUCCCGACGGCAAGGUAGUGGCCAAGUACUCUCUUGAGCCGGUCUCCAAGGAGCUCGAAAAGCAGAUUAGCAAGCCCGUCAUCUUCGUGCACGACUCCGUCGGCGCCGACGUUGAAAAGGCCGUCGCAGAGGCGCCUAACGGCUCGAUCGUCCUCCUCGAGAACCUGCGGUUCCACAUCGAGGAGGAAGGCUCCGUAAAGGAUAAGGAGGGCAAGAAGACCAAAGCCGACCCCGCAAAGGUUGAUGCUUUCCGCGUGGGCCUCACGAAGCUCGGGGAUGUCUACGUGAACGACGCCUUCGGUACGGCGCACCGUGCGCACUCGAGUAUGGUCGGCGUGAAGCUGCAGCAGCGCGCGGCGGGCUUCCUCAUGAAGAAGGAGCUCGACUACUUCGCAAAGGCCCUUGAGCACCCUGAGCGCCCCUUCCUGGCCAUCCUCGGUGGCGCGAAGGUCUCAGACAAGAUUCAGCUCAUCGAAAACAUGCUGGACAAAGUCAACUCUCUCAUCAUCUGCGGUGGGAUGGCCUUCACUUUCAAGAAGACGCUCGACAACGUUCCGAUCGGCAACUCGCUCUUCGACCAGGCAGGCUCAGAAAAGGUCGCUGCCCUCAUCGAGAAGGCGAAGCAGCGCGAUAUCAAGAUCGUCUUCCCCGUCGACUUCGUCACCGCAGACAAGUUCGACAAGGACGCGGCGACGGGUACCGCAGACGAUGUGAGCGGAAUUCCGGACGGGUGGAUGGGUCUCGACUCGGGCCCGAAGAGCCGCGCACUCUUCAAGGCGACCGUGCUCGAGUCCAAGACGAUCCUUUGGAACGGUCCCCCGGGCGUCUUCGAAUUCCCCAAGUUCGCGGAAGGCUCGAAGGCGCUCCUUGACGCGACGGUCGAGGCAGCGCAGAACGGCGCGACUGUCAUCGUCGGCGGCGGCGACACCGCAACGGUCGUUGCGCAACACGGUCUGGAGGACAAGCUCAGCCAUGUCAGCACUGGUGGUGGUGCGAGUCUCGAGCUCCUUGAGGGCAAGACGCUGCCCGGUGUCGCGGAGCUCAGCGAGAAGUAG